AUAAAUAGACACGCGCUCCACUAUUUGACAGUCAAAACAAACGUAGUAGCCUACUGUAUUGCACUUGAUGUCAGCUUGUAGACACAGCAUGUUAUUCUACAGUGUUGAGUUAUAGGCUAUCAUUUUAUUAUUAGAAUUAAGUAACCAGACGACCAUUGCGCACAUGCAAGCCCAUCCUAGAAGACAGGAAGACAUCCUAGAAGUGACCGAGGAUGGAUUCGCCUGUGCAGGGUACCUUCUGGAUUCCCCUCGCGCUCUGCGCCCUGCUGUGGAACUCCGUGUGUGCUCGUGAGCCGGUCUGUCAGGAGAUAUCUGUGCCAUUGUGUAGAGGGAUCGGCUAUAACUACACCUACAUGCCGAACCAAUUCAACCACGACACCCAGGAUGAAGCCGGACUUGAGGUGCACCAGUUCUGGCCCCUCGUGGAGAUCCAGUGUUCCCCCGACCUGCGCUUCUUUCUUUGCAGUCUGUACACGCCCAUUUGCCUUGAGGACUAUAAGAAGCCUUUGCCGCCGUGCAGGAGUGUGUGCGAACGGGCGAAAGCGGGUUGCGCGCCGCUGAUGAGGCAAUACGGUUUCCCGUGGCCGGACCGUAUGAGGUGCGAUCUUCUACCCGCGCAGGGGGAUUUAAACACUCUGUGCAUGGACUACAACAGAACUGAUGCUACAGCAUCACCUGCUGCUGCAAAACCAACUAGCCGCCCGGGGAAGCCAUACAAACGGAAAAAUAAAAGCAGUCCUGGAUCUUCUUCAUGUGAACCGGAGUGUCACUGUCGCGCGCCUAUGGUGACCGUGAGCAAUGACCGCCAUCCCUUGUAUAACUGGGUCAAGACGGGCCAGAUCCCCAAUUGCGCCAUGCCGUGCCACAGCCCAUAUCUUUCUCAGGAGGAAAGGACCUUUGCCACAUUUUGGAUCGGGAUUUGGUCAGUUUUGUGUUUCCUGUCAACGUUCGCCACCGUUGCCACUUUCCUUAUUGACAUUGAGAGGUUUAAAUACCCCGAGCGCCCGAUUAUUUUCCUGUCCGCCUGCUAUAUGUUCGUGUCCGUGGGAUACAUCAUCAGACUCAUCGCGGGGCACGAAAGGGUCGCGUGCAACCAGGAUCAUGAGGUGGACCUUAUCCACUAUGAAACUAGGGGUCCCGCGCUUUGCACGCUUGUGUUUCUACUCAUCUAUUUCUUUGGGAUGGCGAGCGCCAUCUGGUGGGUGAUUCUGACGUUUACGUGGUUCCUCGCGGCAGGAAUGAAGUGGGGAAAUGAAGCAAUCGCGCGAUUCUCGCUGUAUUUUCACUUGGCCGCUUGGAUCAUUCCGAGCGUGAAAUCUAUCGCCGUGCUCGCGCUGAGUUCGGUGGACGGAGACUCGGUUGCGGGAAUCUGCUACGUGGGCAACCAGAACUUGGAUAACCUAAGAGGAUUCGUGCUCGCGCCACUGGUGAUUUAUCUUUUUAUCGGAACGAUAUUUUUAUUCGCGGGCUUCGUGUCUAUGUUUCGGAUACGGAGCGUCAUUAAACAAGGAGGAACGAAAACGGACAAACUCGAAAGAUUGAUGGUCCGUAUCGGGGUGUUUACAGUGCUGUAUACGGUCGUUGCCAUGGUGAUUGUGGCUUGUUACGUUUACGAACAGCACAACCGUGAAGCGUGGGAAAGAGCGCACGCGUGUAACUGCUCGUCGGAGAAAAAAGCCGGGAAACCUGAUUACGCCGUGUUAAUGCUCAAAUACUUCAUGUGCCUUGUGGUCGGGAUCACGUCAGGCGCGUGGACCUGGUCCGGUAAAACAGUGGACUCUUGGCGAGUCCUGUGCACGCGCUGCUGCUGCAGUUGGGGUAGUAAAGGCACGAGCGGGUCAGUUUACAGUGACGCGAGCACGGGACUGACGUGGAGAUCCGGCACAGCAAGUUUGGUUUUGUGCCCUCCAAAACAAAUGCCCCUGUCUCGAGUGUGAUGAUGACUACGACAUAGGAAAUGGAGAACUUCUCAAAAAUACUUUGUAAACUGACUGAAUGACUUGUUGCUUUCCGUCACAAUUGAACACUAGGCUACUGUGAGAAAUAUCCACUGGACUGGAGUAAAAAGUAUGACGAAUAUCGCUUCAAUUAAACUAAAGCUAACCAGUUAUUAAACCUGUGUAUCAGGUUAUUAUAAACGUGCCUUUAAAAGUGUUAUACGGGUUUUUAUAUUUUUCUUAUGUAUUUAUAUUAAGAUGUUAUUGCUAAAACG